UCGGCCUGCUCCCCGGCCGGGGCCGAAAUCGACCUAGUGAGUCCCUCGCGGGCGAACCAGGACACAACAGAUAGUAGGCGGGUGGUGUCCCAAGGUGCAACUCACCGCCGCGCUGGCUCAGCGUGGCGGUGAGGAUGCACAGACGGUGGUAGUGGCGAGAGGUGUGUAUGGACACUGUUCCCGCGGCAGUAAUGCAAAGCGGCAAACUGCACCUGGCAACCACCGUCGCGGAAAGCGUGGCCCACGAAGCUGGAGGAGUAGAGAGAUUCGUAAACACCACGUCAGUAAGCACCGCUCGCGGGAGAAGGGAGACGACCGCGGGCACCGCGGGGAGGGAGUGCUGCACCCUCCUCGUCAAAACACCACAGGCAAGAACCGAGCUCUGCAGAGAUGGAUUGAUGCGAGGAAACUCGCCGCUCGGAAAAGACGGAAGAAAGCACACCCGCAACGCGAGGUGGACCGAGAGAGACACGAGACCGCAGCGGCCGUCAAGGC